UUCAGCUCAGUCGGAGCAGGAGCAAGGGAGAGGGCAGGCAGCGGAGGGACCGCUUUCGGCUUGAUUAUGCGCAAUUUGAUCGGCAAUCGCCAGGCAAAGCGGCAGGACUCAUGGUGAAGAGAAAGAAGACGUGUUCCGCCUCCGAAGAGCUCGAGAAUGGCAUGACGCUGGGCUCCAGGGAGGCGAUCGCCGUCGAUGGGAGGCAGAACCCGUCCAGAAAGCCCGAAGGCUGCGACGAGGAGGAGAGCGGAGAGCCGGGGAGCGACGAGCGCAGUACAAAGGGAGAGGAGCGAGUGGAAAUUCUUAAUCCAUCAACCACGGGUCCCAGCUCCGGUCCGGCCCCGGUGCUCCCCGCGUCCCCGCCGAACCGGACCGGCGCGGGUCCGAGCCAGCAGCCCCACGGCUCCGCGGAACCCGCCCCUCCGUGUCACGACCAGCAUCAUUUUCUGCGAUCGAGCGUCCGACCUCCCAGCAAACGGAUACGGAAGGAUUCAAUCGGAUCCACCAUCAAUGGACACGGCGGGGCGAAAUCGAAAGGGGCAGAAAAUGGUCCCUCGUCCCACGGGGCCGUGGCGCAGUCCGUGGCGAGCUCGGCAGCUGGCGUUGCCAAGAACCCCAAGGGCCAGGGGUCUGCUGAGAAAGAGGAGCAGGGUGGAAACCAGAAGAGAGCCCGUCGGCAGUGGGAGUCCUGGAGCGCCGAGGACAAAAACAGCUUCUUCGAGGGGCUCUAUGAGCACGGGAAGGACUUCGAGGCAAUCCAGAACAACAUCGCGAUGAAGUACAAAAAGAGAGGAAAGCCGGCCAACAUGGUGAAGAACAAGGAGCAGGUCCGGCAUUUCUACUACCGCACCUGGCACAAGAUCUCCAAACACAUCGACUUUGCCAACGUGUACUCCCGUGUUUUGAAAAAAUCGUCACAAGAGCUGUACGGCCUCAUCUGCUACGCUGAGCUGCGCAAAAAAGUCGGCGGACUGAUGGACGAGAAGAACGUGGCGAAGCUGAACGAACUCAUCCAGCAGGGGGCCACCACGGUGCGCUCCAAGGGGAGAAACCUGCGGAUCAAAGCCCCCAUGUGUCGCGCGCUGAAAAAGCUCUGCGACCCGGACGGCGUGAGCGACGAAGAGGACCAGAAGCCGGUGCGUCUCCCUCUGAAGAUGGCCGUGGAGCUCCAGCCGCGCAGCAACCACUCCUGGGCCCGCGUUCAGAGCCUGGCCCACAAUCCCCGCCUCAGGAUGGUGGUGGAGCUCCACAGGAAAGUCUCCUGCCUCAUCGAGUAUCUGAAACAGAAGUGGGCGUACCAAGAUCAGCGAAUUCUGAAGAGCCUCAUGGAGAGGGAGGCCCUGGAGGGCAGCCGGUCCGGCCCCGACUCCCCCGGCAAGGCCCAGCGGCAGGAGCUCACUCUUUUCCCGGCCGAGAACAGCACCCUGACCACGCUGCCCGGCGUGGCUCGGGUGGUCCACUCCAAGGCCUCCUGCACCGUCCACUGGUUGGAGAGCGGCAAGAGCCGGCCCAGUGCCAAGGAGCUGCCGGCGGUCCAGAUCCUCGGCAUCCAGAGCGCGCCGCCUCCCAGAGGUGGCGGCAAAUCCGGACGGGGAGGCGCCGCCGCCGCCGCCAACGCUUCUAUGGCCGACGGCCGCCGGAGCGAGCCCUCUAACGCCGAACCCUCACCAGACGGUUGUGGAAAGGUGGAGGAGAAGAAAGCUCAGCCCGUCGCUCCUUCCUCUCAGACCCCGCAAACAGAAGAGGGGAGUGGGCCGGGGUCCGCGGAGGCCGGCAGGACGUGUCCCGGCACGGAGGCCAACGGCGGCGCAGACCUCCCGUCCGAGCAGUGCAAAGAGGAGCAGACCAUGGCGAGCUCUUCCUCAGAGCUGAGCCAGACUCCUUCGGCGAGGCCGGCGGCGGCGAGCGGCUCGGAGGAGAGCCCGUCGCAGGGCUCUGCCACACCGGCCAAAGAACGGACCGUGGAGCAGAUCAGAGAGGAGGGGUGGAGCGCCCGCGACGCGGAGAACGUCACCCUGGCCGAGCUCUACCUGAUGUUGGGGAAGCCGGGCAAGCUGCAGCUGGAGUACGAGUGGCAGCCGGCCGCGCUCGCCGCCAGCGGCCAGGAGGACGGACGAGCUUCGGAGCCUCACAAGCCCCACAGGACUAACCGAGUGCUGCGCUGCCUGCUGAAGCUGGUCUCCACCGAGAUCAACCCUAAACCUCUGGCCUCAGACGUGUGCUCCACAGCCACGUCGCCUCUUAAGACCAGCCAGGAGGAGCAGAACCAAGCCCUGACGCCUCCAGGGAAGAGCCCCAUCUCAGGCGUCCGCAGCCCCAGCCUGGGCCGGCAGCAGGCCUCUGUCCGCGGGGGCAGGACGCUCCCGCCCAACGCCGCUGCCUCUGGAGGGCGCAACCUGCCCCGGUCUCUGCUGGGGUCGGCCGGCGACCCUGAAGGCAGCGUGUUCGCCGUGCCCACCACGCUGCCGCCCAACAGCUCGCGGCACAACAGGAUGUUCUCCCCCAACAAGGAGGCUCAGCUGGCGUUCAGGCAGCAGCUGGACUCCAUCAGCAUGCAGUCGGACCUGUUCCUCUCCAGACAGAGAAAACCUCGCAACAGGCAGUUUCGGAAACCUCUCGUAGUUCAGCGAACACUCCUGCCCAGGACAACAGGAGACACUCCUCAACACGUCUGCUCCUUCUCCAUCCUCUCCAACUCCUCGGCCACAGGAACUGGAUCCUUCCGGCCAAUCAACACUCGCCUGGCUCCGUCCUCCCGCCCUCCGGUGACCAAAACCUCGCCUCCUGCGCCGCCGCCGGGCUCCGCAGCACCCAGCCAGCUCUCCAGCGCCAUCGACCUGGCAGCAAAGUCUGCCGGCAUCAUCCCCGCCAGCCCCCGCCGGGAGGUGGAGGCCCCUGCGGUGAACGCGGCUCUCCUCACAGCAGCGCCCGUCGCCGAUGGAGCGCCCGACUCGCAGCUCCUCCAGCAAAGUGUCCCAGAGAACGGGCUGCCUCCUCCAUCUCCUGGAGCGACAGGCAGCGGGGACUCCCUCCUCUCCCCACCCAGCGUGGCCUCGCUCCUGGACAUCUCUCUGCCGGGCCCCCCUGAGGAGGCCCUCACCCCCGGGGAACCUCAAACGCACAUCAGCGACUCCAUAAUUGAACUCGCCAUUAACUCAACCAACUACAAUGAGGAGGCCGCUCUCUCUGCAGCCAAGCUGGGUAACGGUGACCCCUCCAAGCUGCUGGCCUCCUCUCCCUCCGUCAGCCCGUCCAGGGGCUGGAUCCCCUCUCCCAGCCACGACCCUCAGUGGUACCCCAGCGACUCCUUUGACUCCACGCUGGGAUGCCUCCUCUCCAGUAUGGUUUCCCCUGAUAAGAGCAGACGGACCACCCUCACCCCCUCCGGCCCCUCGAGCGGCACAGCUUUGCUCGGCCCUAGUCUCCUGGACUGCAAUUCCCAUGACUCCUUCCAGUCCCGUGGCCUUCCUGACGUGGCAGAGAUGGACUCCCAGCUUGCCUGCAUGAUGAGCGAGAGCAGCGUGGACUACAUCGCUCGCUUCAACGACCUGGCUCAGGAGCUGGCCGUCACCGAGCCCUCCAUCCCUCCUCCAUGAGGAACAGAGCCAUCCGGAGGACGCACAUCACUCCUCUGUGGCUUCCCCUAACGCUCUGGAGGAGCGCGGAGGAGGUCCGACCUCCCCCCCCCAAGCCAUCCCCUGCCCUGGAGUAUAAGUGCAAUAAUAACAGUGGAACCUGAGCGUCGGUUUCCCUGAACUGUUCUUUAAGGUUAAGAAAAAAAAAAAGACACCCUUUAAAAUCAAACACUUUAGACGAAUAAACGUGUUUACAAAACACAACCUCAUGUACAAGGAAAAAAAAAAUUACUAUGCCAUGUCUGAACAAACCAUUUUCACCACUCCACCCUUCGUCUCCGUCUGUUUUUCUACUCCGACAUCCGAGCCCUAAAAUGUGGAAAUCCGUCUAAAUGUGCCAGAUCCGACCUGCAGUGUGGUUUUUAUUUUAUUUUUAUUUUAUUUUAUUCCCCUAACGUAUGGCUGCAGAGGCUGAAUACCACGAGGUACAUGUUUCAAUGAAGUUGUAAAUGCGUAGCACAAACCAGCGACGGCAUCCAUCAUCGUGUCCCGAAGUGAUGUUUCUGUAGCUCAAGUUAGCUUUCCUCACUCGGUCCUUUGUUAUUCACAAAUAUUGUAUUAGUUCAAAUGGGAGAAUUUGCUAAAAAGCCGUUUUUUUUUUUUCUUUUUUCCUAUAAGGUUGAAAAGACAAAUUUCAUUAACUUUUCAUCUGCUUGCCUAUUUAUUUUAUGUGAACGUUGGACGUUUUCAGUUAUGGAUGCACCUGGAUCAUGAAGAUUAUUUCCCUUCAAUCAAAUGCGUGCAUCUUGUGGCCCGGAUUACUUCAAUGGUGCUUUUUUUUUUUUUUUUUUUCUUCCCCCACACGUUUCUGUUUUUUUUUUCAUAUAAUAAAACAAAAAAAAACAGUGGUUUACCCUUGACCUAAAAAGCAGAAAGGUGAGCAGUCAGAAGAAUGAAACACUAAAGCCAUAGUAGCUCCUCGUCUUAAUUUUUGUUUUGUCAUUAUUUCAAACUCCCUCCCUUGAGGUUUAUUCCCCUUUGACUGUUAACUAACAAACACUAUAGCUAACAUCAGCCCGAUUGGCCUCUCAUCCUUCUCACAUUUCAUCUCCCUCAUUAAGAUCCCAGGUCCCUCCUGCCCCCCCCCUGCAGGGAUUUGCAACACGCGUCCUGCUGUUGGUCCAGACUCAGAUUCAGGGUUCAUCUUUGGGAACUUUUUCCUGCAUCAUCACACAUUAGAGCAUAAACUGCAGGACAGCUUUUUAAAAUCACCAUUCCGCAAAAGUUAUUUAAAUACGUUGCUUUUCUUUUAGCGCCUCAGUGGCUUUGACGUCACAGUGUGGAAGCUCUGGGAUGCAUAAAACAUCGACAAACGGCUUCAUUUUGUGACACUAGAGUCUCUAUAUAUAUAUAUAUAAGGAACGAGUGGCAGGUUUUGUAUUUUAUCCUGGAAAGUUUUGUCUUUUUCUGUUGAAGGAUUUGUACAAAUGCUAAUUCCAAUAUUCAGCGCCUGUGUAACAUAAUGUAAAAUUGAUAUUUGGACUAUUUAUUAACAUUUCUUAAAGUGUUUUUUUUUUUCUCUCUCUGUUUAACUUAAUAUUAAGGUGGCAUCUUAAGAGGAUAAACCUGUUUUAAGUUUUGUAAGAGCUGUUUUUGUUCAGUGUAUAAAGAUAGAUGCAACAUCCA